AUGACGGAACAAGAAACCAAGAAAGGCGGCUUACGUGCCAUGUUUGGCAUGCGAUCAGGGAAACAACCAAAAGAGCCGGCUACGCGGAAGAAACUUUCCAAGAAGGGAUCACGAAGCGAUAUGCUCGGAAAGCUUGACUCAACCACCAACGUAGCGAACCCCAACCGCCAAGACUCUGGUAGCUUUACAAACGAGAGAACCGAUCUCUCAGACAACAGUUUUGGCUUACCUACCAAUGAAGACAUCACUGGCCUCGCGCCGCAUGCGUUGCGUGAUCAUCCAUAUGCUGCUGUUAAUGCUCUCAUGGAUACCAGCAACGCCUACCUACAACCUGGGCAACAAGCGGCCGAUUACCGCCGCAACUCAGAAGGACAACCACAGUAUGCCGCGCCUUUGUAUCAACCACACAGCUCGAGAUCUGCAUCAAUACCGCAGUCGGGCAAUGAGCAGACCCUACCAUACGCGCCAUCGAGAUCGCAGCCAUCAAAGCUGACCAAGUCUCAUCGCGCGCCUUCAAAGCAUGUCAAGGCCGAUGACAUUCUUGACAAAGAUACCGGAGAAAGAAAGGAUCUGACAGACAUGAUGCAUGCUUUCACAUACAUUGAUGGUGUUGACACGAUUGAGGAAGAACGAGACGAUGUAUCUUUACUCUAUGAUCCUACGAAGCCCGACGGAACAGCAUUACUCGGCAGCGCAUCGCCUGAAGUAUGGCUUCAUGUUGCGGACUUCCUAUCACCACUCGAAGUUGCCAACCUAUCCUCUACAUGCCGCACCAUGUACGCUCGACUAGGUAGACACCCCUACAAAUUGCUCAUGGAUCCGCUCCAUCGGCCGCAACGGCUCGACUUUCUACUUUCCAUGGACCACAAGAUGCCACGCCAUCUUUUCUGUUUUCCAUGCGCACAGUGGCAUUUGCGCAUCCAGCCUGGUAUGGAGACAAUGAAACCUCCCAAUGUUCUCAAUCCACUCUUUGAGUGCCCCAAUCGAACCAACGUUCACAUUCCUCCACCAAGGCUCCGUAUCAGCGAAGGUCGCACAUUACCGUUCGCAUUUGCGCAAUUAGCCCGACGCCAUUGGGCCUACGGCGCAGAAUACGGCAUUCCUCAUCAGUCGCUAGGCCGCCGUUGGAAAGACACCUAUUCGACCUGGAGGCAUGAUUCUACCUAUCACAUUACCGACAAAGGUCAUCUAUUGAUGCGUAUCCGAUCGCAACAGUACGUAGAAGGGGGGAUGACAGAUGCAGCAAAGCGUAUGCUUUUGUUCAGCCGUGGAGACUUCACGCCCUACUUCAGCGUUUGCGCACAUUGGAAGCACGGGCUGUUGACAUCGAUACCUAAAUGUGCAUUAUCGCAUAUUCCUCAUAUCCACGAAUCUGAAACGACCGCUCUUGACAAGUUCCGCGAACGCAGCUUAGGAAAGAAGGCCGUUGGCAUGGUCAAUCUCUGUUCCAUAUGCCGACCGAUGCGCCGCUGUCCCAGAUGCCCGACUGAAUACCUGUUCGAACUCAAACUUGUUGAAGACAAGAGCGUGCGCGGCAACGGCCCUGAGCGCUUCAAGCAGGCUCUCAUCGUAACGCGAUGGAGUGAUCUAGGCCCUGCGCGCAGUCCCGAGGACCCCGAAUGGAGUGCUAUCACUGGUGACAACCAGGAAUACGAUAGCUUCAAGGAGAUCGGACGAAGAGCUGUUAGUGGUGUGUUUGAGAGUGCGUUCACGGACACAAUACCCGGGCAGCGGAUUAUGAGUAUGAAUCCUAUGGACGUAAAGGCAAACGAAGAGAGCGGAGACUGGUAUUAG